CUCAUAUAUAAGUGAAAAGGCGAAGGCUGUGGAUUUUAAAUAUCUCUGUUGAAAACUUAGCCAGUAACACAGUCUUAUAGAGUAAAAAGAGUUUCCUAAAUAUUUCAUUAACCUUUCGUGGCUUUUGGUUGGACAGGAUCCUUACAGAUAUGCUGCUGCUUCUGCUGCUCGUAGCACUACCUCUGCUGGUGCACUCGGCUCCAGUCAAUACACAAUUCCUGCCACUGGACUGCGAGGACAUUUACCAAAACGGCUCCACUCACAGUGGAGUUUACACCAUCUAUCCCACCGAGUCUGCAGCUGGCCAACCUUUACAGGUGUACUGUGACAUGGCCUGCACUGAAGACGAAGGCCAGGGGAACCAAGCAUGGACCGUGAUUCAGAGGAGAUUUGAUGGCAGUGUGAAUUUCUAUCGUUCUUGGGAGGAUUACAAGAAUGGCUUUGGGACUGUCAGUGGAGAACACUGGCUGGGUUUGGAUAAGAUCUUUCUAAUGACCUCCCUGGAGAGGUAUCAGCUGAGAGUGGACAUGGAGGAUUUUGACAGAGGUCACGCCUAUGCUCAGUACAGUUCUUUCCAUAUUGACCCCGAGUCCAAGAGUUACGCACUGCACGUCAGCGACUACAUUAAUGGAGGAGCAGGAGAUCCUCUGAGCAGCAUGGACGGCAGACCCUUUUCAACUUUUGAUCAAAAUCCAUACGGCAAUUGUGCCGACGGGUAUAUGGGAGGGUUUUGGUACUCCUGCUGGCCGAGUAACGGCAUUGCCAACCCCAAUGGCCUGUACAAAUGGCAGAGCAUUUCCACCUCAACAGCAGAUAAUUCGAUCCUGUGGACCACCUGGAAAGCAAUCCCUUUGAAGACCAUAACCAUGAAGAUCCGACGGAUGACUAUGAACGACAUUCAACAAGUUUAGUGUGUCACUGAUUACAAACUAGGGACACAUGUUAGUUUUUUCUGCACUUUUCUGUGAUAUCUUUAUCUACUCAUGUCUAGAAAAAAAAAACAGAUAUGCAAUACAUACUUAUUUACAUACAAUACAUUCAUACAUACUUAACAUAUCAAAUGCAAAUAUUGUAAUUCAAGUCUGAGAAAGAACGUAUUGUUUUAAUAAGAGUUUAUACUCUUUUAUAAGAUUUGUAUACUUAUGGAAGAAAGCUCUGAAUGUUCAUACAGUAGGUUUACUUCCCUAUUUGGAGAAAUGGCCCAGACAGGCAAAGGUAACUGAGAAAAAUGAGUUAAAUGGGAAUAGGUGAUGGAAGGAAGUUGAUGGAGAUGAAGAUAUGAUCCUAAAGUGUGAUUAUCAGUAUACUCUGUCAUCCAAAUGGAUGUUCAUUUUUUAAUAAACUUUUUACUUCAGUACAUUCAGGUGGUGUUCAAGUAUUAGGAGUAAUAAAAAACAGCUAAAAGAC